GAUAACACAUGGUUUAUAUUUUUCUGAGAAAUUUCUUAAUUCUAUGAAGAGUAGCUACGACCUCCAAGGCGUGGUCAACAGGCAUAACUUCAGAGCUGGACGAACGGUUUUCACCGACACAUUAAAGACAAUAUGUAAGUGUCACGGCCCUACUGGUACGUGCAGUAUAAAAACCUGUAUGAAAACAACUUCCGGCUUACGUGUCAUUGGCAAUACUAUAAAAACCAUGUUCAAAAAUGCAAAAAGAGUUGAACCGGAGAACGAACGAAGAAGUAAGUUGAAACUGGUUCUUGUGGAUGUUAGAAAAGACGUAACAGAUAAAUCAUCGACGAGGGUCAGGGCAUCUCCAGCGAAAAGCGAACUGACGUACACUGAAGUCUCUCCAUCAUUCUGUGACAGCGAUGUUACGCUAGGGAUACCGGGGGUUUUUGGUAGGAUAUGUAGCAAGGAUCCCUCUCAUGCGAACAGUUGUAGAAAUUUGUGCUGUGGUAAGGGAUAUGACCAGUUCUUGGUGACGGAGGAAACGGAUUGUGAGUGUAAAUUUCUGUGGUGCUGUUCUGUGCGGUGUAAAAAAUGCAGUCAGCGAAAAUUGGUGACUCGAUGCAAGUGAAAUAUUGUCCAAGCCUUGGUAAAAGAAAA